UUAUGGUUCGAUACAAUUAUACACGUGAUACAUCAUGAGCCAAUUCACACAUUCAAUAAAAGUGCCCACCCAAUAUAAAGCAACAGCCAAAAUAUUAAAGGCUGCCAUUGAGAAACAAAAAUCAAUCAAAUCGUUGAUAUUUGAAGAAAAGCAUGCGCGCGUCCGAAGCUUGCAAGCGGUGUUAAAACAUUACAGCGACAACAGAGGAGCCAUUGACAACGCUAUCGAGGAGACGGGACUGCUGAAAGAAAAUCCAAACUUGGACUCGGCACUGGCCAAGGUGCUAGUUACGGAACUAAUUUUCGGACGCGGACAAUUGAACGGAGAAAGCAAACCAGUGCAAACAGUGCGCUCGUACAAGGAGAAAUUGCAACAAGCUAUUAGCGGCUCAGAGCAGAAGAAGAAAGAGCCCAAUCCACGCUAUGUACGCAUCAAUACGAAUCUGCUCAGUGUCGCCGAUGCCCUGGACUACUUGUAUGGCGAGGAGUGGCGGCGCAAGCAGCUGGACUCAGACGGCACAUAUGCUGACUUUUUGGCAGCAAUACGGGCAUUGGAGGAGGACGAGUUCCUGAUGGACAUGCAUGUGGAAGGAGUUCUGAUAUUCCAUCACAAGUGGAGUCAUUACUGGGCCUCCCAUGAAUUCGUCCACACUAAAAAGUUCAUAUUGCAGAACAAGGCCACCUGCCUGGCUGCCGAGCUGCUAGCCCCUCCAGUUGGAUCAACUGUGCUAGACAUGUGCGCAGCUCCGGGCAUGAAAACUCUACAUAUUUGCAAUGUGAUGCACAACCAAGGGCGCAUCUAUGCCGUGGAGCAGUCCAAAGAGCGAUACAAGGCCUUGUGCGAUAUUACGAACGAGGCAGGCUGCCAGAUAGUCACGCCCAUACUGGGCGAUGCUCUUACCAUGGAUGCCACGAAAUGUCCAGAUGUCGAGUAUAUUUUGGUAGAUCCCAGUUGUUCUGGUAAUGGAAUGCAAAGCCGUAUCAGCGUCUGUGAUGAGCAGAAAGACGACAAACGUCUAUAUAAACUGGCUGGGCUACAAAUCAAGAUUUUAUCGCACGCCAUGAGCGCGUUUCCAAAUGUCAAACGUAUUCUCUACUGUACUUGCUCCCUUUGGAAGGAGGAGAACGAACAGGUGGUUCAACGCUGCCUCCAGCUGAAUCCCUCAUUCAAGCUCCUCAGUUGCAAGAAGGCGCUACGGAAUAAAUGGCAGAACGUGGGUGACAAGGAGUACGUGCAAAUUGGCAAGAACUGUUUGUAUUGUCUUCCCGACUACGAUCUGACCGAUGGCAUCUUCUUGGCCAUGUUCGAGAAACGCCCGGAUGCUGACAAUGAAUAGCUCAGCUA